AUGGAAAUCACCGGUUACGCUCUAAUCGUGGGUGGAGGCAGCGGGAUAGGUCGGGCCUGCGUGAAGGCGUUUGCGAGUGAAGGGGCCUCGGGCAUUGUGUUGGCGGAUCUGGACCACGCCGCCGCCAGGGCCGUCGCCGGCGAGGCGGCGGCCGUAGCCAAGGACCCGGGUUUCCAGAUUCACUCGCGGCCGAUUGACGUGAGAAGCGAAGAAUCCGUCGAGCAAGUCAUUCGGGACGUGGUCAGCCUCUUCGGACGGUUGGAUUACUGCGUGAACUGUGCGGGGAUCGGGGUUGAGAAGGCCGCUGCUGUUGCCGAGGCUGAUGUCGGCGAGUUCGCUCGCUUCCUCGAUGUCAACGUCAAGGGGACGUUCCUGGUGACGCGCGCGGCAUCGGCGGUGAUGGCGACACAGGAGCCGCUGCCGCAGCUGCAGGGUCGCGGCUGGGGCAAAGAGGCGGUCGGAGGACGCUCCUCCUUCCGAGGCGCCAUCGUCAACAUGGCGUCGGCGUCGUCUUACGUUUCCACUCCUGGCAUGGUGCAAUACACGACCUCCAAGCACGCCGUCCUGGGCUUGUCCAAGAACGCGGCACUGGACAAUGCUGACCAUGGGAUUCGCGUCAAUUGCAUCUGCGCCUCCUGGGUGCGGACGCCCAUGGUGCAGAAAGCCAUCGACAACGUGCCGGGCCUAGACAAGAUGAUCGAGGCGGCUGUUCCGAUGGGUCGCAUGGCGCUGGCCGAAGAGAUCGCCGACUCGGUCAUCUUCCUGUGCAGCCCCCGGUCCAGCUUCAUCACUGGUUGCGGUCUGAUCGUUGACGGGGGUACUACGCUGACAUCCAAAGUCUAG